UAAACCACCUCGAUCUUCUACCUGUAUCUUCAGGGAGGGUACUAACUCAUUACAUCUGUCUUCAUUAUCUGAGACAGAGCUCUCUUGCCGUUGCUGGUGUUGUGUGUUUAGGUUUGGCUGUCGUGUGUGUGCAGUUGUGUGUGUGUGUCCCGGCUGUGAUGGACCUGUGGAAGGGCAGGGUGGCUCUGGUCACCGGGGCUUCGGUUGGGAUUGGAGCUGCUAUUGCAAAAGAACUGGUUCGGCACGGAAUGAAAGUGGUGGGCUGUGCCAGGGACGUGGAAAAAAUACAGAAACUGGCAGCUGAGUGUCAAACAUCAGGCUACAGCGGUGUUUUAGUGCCUUUCAAGUGCGACUUGAACAACGAGGAGGAGAUUCUGUCAAUGUUCUCUGUCAUUAAAUCCCAGCACCAGGGUGUAGAUGUGUGCAUCAACAACGCUGGCUUGGCUCAUCCAGAGCCACUGUUAAAUGGGAAAACCAGUGCCUGGAAAAACAUGCUGGAUGUUAAUGUCCUUGCAUUGUCCAUAUGCACUCGUGAAGCCUAUCAGUCAAUGAAAGAGAGAAAUGUUGAUGAUGGACACAUCAUAAACAUAAACAGUGUAUGUGGACAUCUUGUUUUUCCCAGUGCUGAUAUUCAUUUCUACACUGCCACAAAGUUUGCUGUGACGGCUCUGACGGAGGGUCUGAGACAGGAACUGCGUGAAGCCAAGACCCACAUAAGAGCCACCUGCAUCUCUCCUGGUCUUGUGGAAACUGAGUUUGCAUUCCGGUUCCACAGCCAGAAUCCUGAAAAAGCUGCUGCUGCAUAUGCACAAAUAAAGUGUUUGGAAGCCACAGACAUUGCAAAUGCUGUGAUAUAUGCCCUAAGUGCCCCUCCCCAUGUCCAGAUUGGGGACAUCCAGGUGCGACCUGUGGAGCAGAUUUCUUAGAUCUACACUAAAUAACGUCAACACUGAGCCUCUGAAACUUUCUUCAUCUGAUUGGUUUACUGUCAAACUCAAACACUAACCAAAAUAUAACCUUUGUAGUCACGUUUACCUUGUGUUUUAUACACUUACAGAUUAAAGCCCCUUUUUGCAACAGUCA